CACCCGUUGAACAACUAAAAGCUGUGCUAGGACGACCGGGAAACUCGUUCUUUUCAGCCUGACCACUCGUGCAGGUGACAGGUUCAGAGUAGAAGAUUCGACUCGAGAUGGAAGUGUGCGAGCAGCUCAUCAAGGAAACCUUUCCGCAAAUUAAUGAGGACAUUUAUGCCUACGUGGAAGGAAUUCUGACCGUUGGUCGAGAAGACUUUGAAGAUGAGACCCAGGUGUUUGACGCCAUUGGCGAAAUGCUGUUGGAAAUCUCAAAUGUUGGCACGACCGAGGAGGACGUCAAAGCCGUCUGCACCACGAUUUAUAACACGCUCGGUCUAGGCGAGCAGAAUCGCUGCAAUAAGAAUGGGAUUCGUAAACUUGACUCGACAAUCCAAAUGUCGACCCUCCUCUCGGACGAUAAGCUCACGGAUAUCAACUCUAUUUGGAUGCGAAAUGCAGGAAGCAAUGGACAGAGCCUCGUGGACUCUAAAAAGUUGCAAAAGGCGGAAGCUAAAAUCUUGCAAAAGCAGGAGAAACGUGCUGAAGGUGGUGGCAAACCGGUCGUGAGCUUGUCAACUCUCAUGGCAAAUCAGGAAUGUCAAGCCUCUGCGGCACAGGUCAUUUCCAAAAAGGAUAACAGAGUCUCUGCCGCGUCCGGAAAAAUUACUGACAUUAAGAUUGAAAACUUUGACGUCGCAUUCGGAGAUAAGGUGCUUAUCCAAGGUGCCACAAUUUCUCUCGCGUUUGGGCGACGAUAUGGUUUAGUUGGGAGGAAUGGAUUGGGAAAAACAACCCUUUUGAAAAUGAUCGCGCAUAAGCAACUCCGCAUCCCGCCAGGCAUCUCUGUCCUUCACGUAGAGCAGGAAGUCGAUGGCGAUGACACACCGGCGUUAGAAGCCGUCCUGGAAGCGGAUGCCGUACGUCACCAUCUCCUGCAAGAGGAGAAACGUCUCGUCGCCCUCAACUCUGCUGAUGCUGCAACCGAACUCAACGAGGUGUAUGCCCAAUUAACAGCCAUCGAGGCAGACAAGGCCCCCGCACUGGCUUCCGUCAUCUUGGCCGGACUUGGAUUUGCCCCCGAAGAGCAGAGCCGACCCACAAAGACGUUCAGCGGAGGGUGGCGCAUGCGGUUGGCCUUGGCGCGAGCAUUAUUCGCAAAACCUGACUUGUUGCUGAUCGAUGAACCGAGCAACCACCUAGACUUAAAAGCUAUCAUUUGGUUGGAGAAUUACCUCCAGUCCUGGCAGUCCACCAUCCUCGUUGUCUCCCACGAUCGCCAGUUCCUCAACGAAGUCGCCACCGACAUCCUUUUCCUCUACCAGCAGAACAUUGAGCACUAUCGUGGCAACUAUGAGAACUUUGUCAAAACGAGGGGAGAACGGCUCAAGAACCAACAGCGCGAGUGGGACGCUCAACAACAACUCCGAGCCCACACGCAAGAGUUCAUCGACAAAUUCAGAUACAACGCUAAACGAGCAAGUUUGGUGCAGUCAAAAAUAAAAUUUUUGGAGCGUCUGCCAGAACUGCGCCCUGUCGAUAAGGAUGGCGAAGUGGUUCUCCGUUUCCCGGAAGUGCAGCCCCUCAAUCCGCCCGUACUUCAGCUGGACGACGUCGUAUUUGGUUACACCAAGGACAAAAUCGUCCUAAAUCGGGUUACCAUAAGUGCUGGGUCGGACUCCAGAAUUUGUGUGGUUGGAGAAAACGGUGCUGGAAAGUCCACCCUAUUGAAACUAAUUUUAGGCGAUUUUCCGCCCACGGGAGGACUGGUGAUGACUCAUCGUGGAAUCCGGUUUGGAUAUUUCAGCCAGCAUCACAUUGAUCAACUCAGCCUCGACUUGACGCCAGUGGGCCUCUUGCAACAAAAAUUCCCCGGCGCAACGGUUGAGGAGUAUCGUCGACAACUGGGCCGUUUCGGUGUUUCUGGCGACCUCGCACUGCAGUCGAUCGCAUCUCUCUCAGGGGGACAAAAGUCUCGGGUCGCUUUCACUGUGAUGUGUCAUCCGGGACCCAACUUUCUAAUUUUGGACGAACCGAGCAACCAUUUAGAUGUUGAAACGAUUGAGGCGUUAUCCGCGGCGAUUAAUAGUUAUCAGGGGGGCGUGAUCCUCGUUUCUCACGAUGAGCACUUGAUUCGAAACGUAUGCAAGGAGCUGUGGGUAUGCGGUGGAGGAAAGGUCAAACGGAUGGACGGCGGAUUCGACGAGUAUCGCGACGCUGUCGAGAAAGAAUUGGACUGCGUCGUAUACAAGGAUCGGUCUUGAUGACGGUGCUAUUUUAAGAAUCAAAUGGAUAUCGCCACGCCGUCACUAUAAAUAAUUAAUUGUCAACCUUAACAAGUAUUUAAUUGUCAUCAUUACCAUCAUUCGUCAACGUCAUGAAGAAGUAGAAACUUUAAUGGACCAUCAGGAGUUAACUCUUUUUAUUUUUAUCGUCACGAAUAAGAAGAAGAAUUAAAAUCUCUCUCUUGUCCGACGCCAGGUCACGCCACCCACUCCGUCACGUCGUCAAACAUUUAUACAUCUCGACUAUAAAAGAUUAUCGUCUGCGUUAUCAAUAAAUCGUCGUCGUCGUCUUAUCACUUAUCUUCGUAAACUUUAAGAUGGUGAGGAGACUGAGGAUGAGAUGUGAUGAUGAUCAUGCCAUCUAAUCUUUAAUAAUAAAGAAGAAAUAAAUGGUACAGAGAUAUUUAAAAGUG